AUCAAAAGCAUCUUGCAGUUUUGGACAAUGGACCAUCUGUGGGCAGUAACUUAUGAAAUUUCUCACAACUCUCUGACCUGCAAAGUAUGAUUUGAAGUUGAUAUUUGUAACUGCAUUGUCAAGCCACGAACAGCACAUGAUUUGGAAGAAUCAGUGAGCCUGAUACUAGAAUACGUCUCUGGACCAGGACGUGUGGCCAAUAUGGAAGAUUCUGUACACUCUGGUCACUCAACUUUGCCAUUUUGAUCAGCUUAAUAUUUGUUAUACUGAAUAUAAAGGCUGUGACUUGGCUUUAUCUUGUGAUGUACAAAGAGCUUCUCAACUGUAUACAGAAAACUGUAGUGUCAGUAGAGCUGCUGUGUUCAAAGUGCAGGAAAAAGGUGAUGAAGUUAGUCGCAACAGUAGAAGGGAUAACUUCCAUUGUCCUGGACCCGUCAAAAAAUACAGUGACAGUAACCGGGGAAGCCGAUCCGGUAAAGGUCAUUCACAAGGUGAGGAAGUUCAGAAAAUCUGCUUCGGUUGUGAGCAUCGGUCCUCCAAAGCCGGAAGAGAAGAAGGAUGAGAAGAAAGACAAAGACGGCCAUGGCCUUGUUCCUUACAUACCAAGGACAUGUCAAAGAUGUGAUGUCUGGUAUGUGGUUGCUGAAGAUGGUUAUAACAAUUACUGUUCCGUUAUGUAAUUAUAUUUACUGUUCUGUAUGUAAUAUGAAACGUCAUGUAUCAAUAAUAGCCAGUUGUAUUUCAUGUUAAAAUUCAAUCAUUGCUGAUAAGCUAAAUAAUAAAGGCAAAAAAUAU